AUGUUUGACGUAGUAUGUGAACUAUCCGUAGAACAAGUGUGCGAAGUAUCUGCUAUAAAAUUAAUUGAUUUUGAGUUAUUGAUUGCGUGUAUUUAUAGGUCCAAUUUGACGCACUGCAAUGAAUUCUUCCCUGUGUUUGAGAACGUGUUGGAUAAAAUAGUCGAGUUAAAUUUUAGAAACAUAAUUAUAGUUGGCGACUUCAAUAUUGACACCUUAGUGACGUCUCCCAACACCAAAAAGCUGACAGACAUCCUAUAUGCUCAUGACCUGGUGAACGUUGUGGACUUCCCUACUCGCGUGCGCGGCGCAUCCCGCACCUCGCUGGACCAUGUGUACGUGUGGCGCGGCGCCGGCGCCUCCGCCCGCGCCGCGCCCGUCACCACGCACGUCGGCGACCACCUCGCCGUGCGCGCGCAACUCGACUGCGUGCCCGCCUGUCCCGCGCCAGCCACUGUCACCACUAGACAAAUGACUCGCGCGAAUAAAAUGACUUUUGUCGCAUCAGUCGAAAGCGUAGAUUGGCAGGCCUUUUACACCUGUCCAAUCAGAAGCGUGGACGAUGAUGCCAAAAGUAUAAUUAACACCCUAUACAAUAAAAUUCAAAUAUGCUUUCCUCUACGUACCACGACUAUACGAACACAGUGUGAUCAAUGGGUUUCAGAGGAAAUACUCAACACAAAGAGAACUAUUUUUGACUUGCUGGAGCUAAACGCAAAACUUGACGACCCAGACCUUCAUAGGCUGGUGAAUAUUUACACUGACAAAUACAAAAUAAUGUUGACACGUGAACGGACGAGUCAUUUGUCUAACAAAAUUUGUGACAGUGAAAAUAAGUGCAAGGCGAUGUGGCAAGUAGUGAAUGAGGAACUAGGACGCCAUUCUCGGACCUCGGUCGACUUCACGGACCUUGUGAAGACGCCAGAGGGGUGCAAAUACGCCUCAAAAGUGGAGCUCCUCACCGCAAUGAACAAGCGUUUUGUUGAGGCCGCCACCGAGUGCAACGCCCCAAAGGCAGACCUCCUGAUGUCCCGUGCGAUGUUGGGCUCCGUGCGCCGCCCACUAGACCGAUCUCUGCGGUUCAGGCUCUUUACGCCGCGGGAAGUCCAUAUUAUCAUUACUAGGCUGAUUCCACCUAAACCGAGUAAAGAUAUUUAUGAUAUGUCCUGCGACCUAAUGAGACUGAUCGCACCGUCGGUCUGUACCACGCUGGCUGCUCUCUAUAACCGAUGCAUACGCGAGGGGAUAUAUCCCGUGUCCCUUAAGCGCGUAAAAAUUUCACCAAUCUUUAAGGGCAAAGGGAAAAAGGAGGACGGGAACGCGUAUCGGCCUGUUGCUAUUAUCCCAGCUCCUGCAAAAGUUCUAGAGAGCGGCAUCAGCGCGCGGCUCACGGAGUUCCUCAACGACGCGGACGUGCUGACCGAGCGGCAGUACGCGUACCGAGCGGGCCGGUCCACCACGGACCUGACGCGCGAGGUGGUGUGGCAGGUGCUGCGCGCGCGCGACGCUAACCGGCAUGUCGCUGUCCUAUGCUGCGACCUGUCGAAAGCUUUUGAUGUGGCCGAUCACUCCAUCGUCACGGCCAAACUGGAGCACUAUGGGGUCAGGGGACCUGCCCUCAAUCUCCUUAGCGACUUCAUGUCAGAUAGACAACAAGUUGUGGUGGGAGAGAGAGGGCUGGUUAGGUCACUCGAGAUGGGAACUGAGAUCGGGGUUCCGCAAGGUUCGUCGGUCUCCAACAUUAUAUUUUCCCUACUGAUGAAUGACCUACCUGAUUCCAUACCUGACGCUCACGUGACGAUGUAUGCUGACGACGUUGCAGCGACUGUCACUGGAAGCUCAGUCGAAGACCUGGAGGAGCGGCUGUGUGUAGUUGCCGGGCAGCUUGCUAAAUGGUUUCGGAUCAAUGGCUUAGCCUUAAAUCCGAAGAAAACUCACCUGCUGCACUUUAACCUGGCAGGUAGGCGCGGUCGCCCACUCCAGGUGACACUUGAGAACGAGACCUUGUCGCAAGUCAAUGAGACCUGCUUUCUAGGGUUCAGACUGGACAGCGGCCUGUUCUGGGAUGCGCACAUCGACUGGCUGUGCGGCCGACUCGGGGGCGCGUGCUUCGCGUUGUCGCGGCUCGCAGCCACCGUCCCGAGUGAGGUGGUGAGAUCGUGCUACUUUGCCACGAUCCAGUCUCUCCUCACAUAUGGGAUCGAGCUGUGGGGCCGCGCGGCUGACUGGCACAGGGUAUUCGUCAUGCAGAAAAGAGCAGUGCGUGCUAUAGCCCGAGUACGAUGCGAUGAGUCGGCACGUGACCAUUUCAUCGCGCUCAAUCUGCUGACGGUACCCUCCUUGUACAUACUGCAGGUAGCCUUGUUUGUCAGGAAAAAUCUGCAGUUGUACAAGCAAAGCCAAAGAGCCAGACGCGCGGGGCAGCUGCUCGCCGUCCAGCACCGGCUGGCGAGGUGUGCGCAGUCCGUGCACGUGUGUGGCCCGGAGGUCUACAACGCUUUACCUACUGAGAUCAAGGAUGCGCCGUCACUGCCAGCUUUUAAACAAUGUCUAAAAAGGUGGCUUGUCCAGCACGCCUUCUACACUGUGGGUGAAUUCAUUAGCAGGAAGACUUAA